AAAUGAAGCAACUCAUGUGCAAACCUUUUGAAGGUUUGUUAAUUCCUGCCAAUUGCUAUCAUACAUUGAAGUUGAAGCCCCAGCCAACACCUUAAUUUCCAAACACCAACAGGAUUCAUUCAGUUUAAGUCUUGAUGAUACAUGCACCCAACCAAUUAUCAAAUUCAAAGACUCCCGAACUUAACUAGCUGGAGGUUAAGUGAUCGAUUAACUCCGUCCUGUGCCUGGAUACCGAAUACGCAGGCCGUGUAGGACGAUAUUAUUAUUUUCUUUAUGAUCGAAGAAGCCGUUUAAUUGGUGAUUAUGAAUAAUCGACGCAAUUUCUUUACUGUGAACCUGUGUGAACUCGUUUGGAUUUUACUAAUUUCUGCUACUUUUUGCAUAAGAUGUCUUAGACCAGACUCAUCCACGAUAAAUGAUGUAGAAACAACUAGAAAACAUCACGGAGUAUACAAAGGUAAAUCGAAUCGUACAAGAAAUUACAGUCCGAAAAAAAUAUUAAUAUUCGGUGAGUUUAACAAAUUAAAAGGGUGGGUUUUAUUAAACCCAAUGACUAACUGCUUCAAAGGACAGCAUACAAAAUCUCUUCGAGCUUGUUCAGUGUUUUGCACUCAGUAUAAAGAGUCAAUAUUGUUAACUUUAGGAGGAGCAGAAAAGUAUGCUGGAAAAGAUGCCAUAGUCUUUGGAGUUACACCUAAAACACUUCAUAAUAACCACGAUGAAGCUGCUAUGAAACAAUUCCCAUCAAGUGUUUUGACUGUCUUUUAUAGUAUGGAAUCGCCAUACAUGGCAAGUAAAUGGAUCUGGAAACUUCACACUGGAAGAUACCACAUUACUAUGACGUACCACACUGGUUCCAACAUAACAAUUCCGUAUUCGUACUAUAAACCAUUCACCGAAAAAAAGUUGUCAGAGAAGCAAAACUUUGCCAUGGGUAAAACAAGAUUGAUUGCCUGGAUGGGUAGCAAUUGUGUAAAUCAGACUUUUUGGCCUAGGAUGGAGUACAUCAAACAGUUGCAAACACAUAUAUCGAUUGAUAUGUAUGGAAAAUGUGGAAAUCUCACAUGUCUACCACGACUUUCUGUGAAAUGUGUUCAUAUGAUGAAAAAAUAUAAAUUCUAUCUAUCAUUUGAAAAUUCUGAGUGCCACGAAUACCUGACGGAAAAGUUUUGGACCAACGCCCUAAGGAACAAUGUUGUUCCGAUAGUAUAUGGACCUAACAGAUCAGAUUACCACAAAUUUGCGCCACCAAAUUCGUAUAUCCAUGUCAGUGAUUUCAAAAAUGUACAGGAACUAGCUGACUAUAUUAAACUACUUGAUAAGAACGAUGACUUGUACAAUAAGUAUUUUGAUUGGAUUAAAAUGGGGAUGACUGUAAAUGUAUUUCCCCAAUUGAAACCUUCAUACUUUUGUGAGCUUCUGCCGUUUUUAGGCAAGAACCAAUCGCAAGAGCGUAAACCCCUUUCUCAAUCCGCAUGGUUUAAUUCAUGUCGGAAUCCAAUAAAAAACCGAUAUAAAUCCAGCAAAUGGAUACAUUUAAAAAACUGGUCUCCUUGGAGAUAAAAUAUUUUUUCUGUACUAGAAAAGUAUACCUAUCUGACAAUGAGAAAUAUUAGAGAAAGCAAAUCCUUCUCUGAUGAAAACAUUAAACGUCUCUUAAAACAAUCCUUAAAAAGAUAGCUCUGCUCAAACUUUAAAUCAUAAUGAUAAAAUUGUUAUACCAGAGAAGAACACACAUGGAUCAGCCCACAUCAAUUCACAACUUAUAAUAAUAACUUGUCAUAAUUUGCUUGCCUAUUAAAUUUUGAUCAGGGA